AUGUGGGCUCUUCGUCGAACUUCGAUUCACCUCAGCUUAAGGUGUGGAUUUUUGUCACAAGCUGAUGCUAGUAGCACUGAAGAUGAUGAUGGUGAUGGUGACAAUGAUGAUGAUCACGUGGAGGUUGAAGAUCAGUUGACUGAGCUGGAUGCAGAUGGAGAUAGCGUUGAGUCUGAAACAUGCAUGUUAGAUUGUGUCGAGGAUGGCGAGAAACCAGAAUAUGAGCUGGAGUUGUUGGAUACCGAGAGUGUUCCAGCUGAGAAAAAAUCACGGAGUGCAAAGAGUCAAUCUGAACUAUUCAAGGUUGUUGUAAACGUUUCUGGUUUAUCCGUUGAUUCUGCUCUGAACAAGUUGGUUGCAAGAGAGAAGUCGAUAGCGCCGCUAUCCCGAGAGAGCGGCACGGCCCGGAGGCUGGUCACGAAAGGAGAAGGAAUAGCGGCACAGUUCAGCGUCUAUAGCUACAUAGCUUAUAAAAACGCCAAACAUCUGGCAAAUGGGAUUAGGGAGAGGAUGAAAGCUGUUAACGUAUUUCCCAACAGAGCUUUAUCUGACCAAUUUGCUGAAGUUGAUCCAUUUAGGAAAACUCCAGUUUCCAAUUUGCUUGAUUGA